UCUGCCCUCCCCGGGGCAGGGCUCGGCGGGCCAGUCCCCCGCCGCGGCGCGGAGCGGAGCGGUGCGGGUGUGCGCGGUGCCGCGGCGAUGCCGGGCGUGCGGCUCCUGGCGUGCUGCCUGCUGCUGCUCGCUGGCCGCCGCCAUGCGCGGGCCGCCGCCGCCCUCAGCCGGGACGAGGUGCCCUCCCUUCGGAAUAAAGGGAUAUUUAUUAUCCAGAGUGAAGACUCCAAUUUCUGCAUUAAUGUGGACACAGUUGGCCUGGUUCUGGAGGACUGCAGCCAACUCUCAAAGAACAUGUUAUGGAAGUGGGUAUCCAAUCGCCGUCUUUUCAACGUCGGCAGAAGUACCUGCCUGGGGCUGAACAUCAGUAGACCUGAGCAGCCGUUGAGUAUGCUUGAAUGUGAUUCAACUCAAUACUCCUUGUGGUGGAAUUGUGAUGGAAAAGCAUUAGUUGGUGUAUCAGAAUACAAAUUAGCUGUUGAAAACAGCAAACGUAUUGUGGCCAAAAAAAAAUCUACUGAUCAGUGGAAACAGUACCUGUCCUAUGAUGAAGACCUUUGUGAACACCCAUUUCAAGAAACAUACACCUUGCUGGGGAAUUCUUUUGGUUUCCCAUGCAUUUUUCCAUUUAAAUAUAACAACAAGUGGUAUUAUGAGUGUACCAGAGAUGGAAAGGAACUUGACUGGUGUGCCACAACAACUCACUAUGAAGAAGAUGAAAAAUGGGGGUUUUGUCCGAAUGCUGAGAGUGGCUGUGACUUUUUUUGGAAGAAGAACCCUGACACGCACCUUUGCUACCAGUUCAGCGUUGGCUCUGCACUGACCUGGCAUGAGGCACGGGCUGCCUGUCAGCUGCAGGGAGGAGACCUGCUCAGCAUCACCCAUCCUGAGGAGCAGAACUACCUAAGUAACUUGAGCAGGCAGUUAAACACCACAGAUAUGAUGAUGUGGAUGGGGCUGAAUCAACUGGAGGAAGGCGCCGGCUGGCAGUGGUCAGAUGGAGAACCGCUGGUGUUUGUGAACUGGAGUCCAAAUGUCUCUGAUUACCAUUUUAAAGAAAAUAAUUGUGCAGUGAUUGAUUCUAAGUUGAAGUAUGGCUGGAAAAGUUAUUUGUGUGAAUCUGGAUUGCCUUUCAUAUGCAAAAAAAAUUUAAAUAAGACAGAGCAUGAAACAUUGGACACAUGGAAGUAUUACACCACUCGUUGUGACGCUGGCUGGUACCCACACAACCGCAACUGCUACAGGCUCCAUCAGGAGGAGAAGAGCUGGAACGAUGCUUUUCUCUCAUGCCAAAGUGAUGGCAGUGGGCUCAUUAGUAUGUCCUCUAUGGCAGAUGCAGAGCUGCUUCUUAACUUGCUUGAAAGUGAAAAUGUAACUGAAACAUGGAUUGGGUUAUACAGUAAUGACACCUCAGUUGUUUUUGAGUGGUCAGAUGGCACCCCAGUAAAAUUCUCUAACUGGCACAGCAAAGAACCUGACAGCUUUCAAAGAACAGGACAACUCUGUGUUUCGGCACAAGGGCCUGAAGGACGUUGGAAGGUUAAAAAAUGUGAAGACAGAUAUUUCUACAUUUGUAAAAAAGCAGGGGAAUUUAAUCAUGACUAUCAUGAUCAGGAAUCAGGUUGUACAGAGGGAUGGGAAAGACAUGGUGGAUAUUGUUACAAAAUCGACAGUACCCCUCGAAGUUUUGAACAUGCUUCCAGUGGUUAUUUCUGCCCAUCUGCACUUGUAUCAGUAACAAACAGGUUUGAACAAGCGUUUAUCAACAGCAUGAUCCAUAGCAUGGUGAAAUCUGAGAAAACUUAUUUUUGGAUAGGUCUUCAAGACCUUAAUAACACAGGAGAAUACUUUUGGCUAAGUACAGCAGGAAAGAACCGCUCUGUGAGCUACACAAACUGGAACAAGUACCAACCACGUCAUUCUGGAGGCUGUGUGGCUAUGCGAGGGCAGCACCCCGUUGGUUACUGGGAGGUGAAAAGCUGUAAGAACUUCAAAGCGAUGUCAUUGUGCAAGCUAAAAAUCAGUUCUUACGAAGAACCUGAACUUACUUUUCAAAAACAUUUGAGUUCUUGCUAUUUUGGAUGGGAGUCAGAAGCCAAUCUGUUCUACUGCUACAAGAUAUUUCACAAUGAGAAAGUUCUGAUGAGAAGAACAUGGGAUGAAGCAGAAGCAUUAUGCCAAGACUUUGGAGCACACCUUGUUAGUUUUAGCCAUAUCUAUGAAGAGACAUUUUUAAACAAUUUAUUACAUACAAUUUUUGAUAGAACAGAAGAAAGACAGUUCUGGAUUGGAUUUAAUAAAAGAAACCAGCUUUCUGGAGGGACGUGGCAGUGGUCUGACAAAACACCUGUUGUAUCUUCAUUUUUGGAGAGCAAGUAUGUUGCUCAAGAUGACUCAAGAAACUGUGGUGUGUUCAAAGUAAAUAGAACAGUCUUCCCAGCACACUGCAACGAGAGGCGUGAAUGGAUAUGCAAAAUACCAAAAGGUGUUAAACCAAAGAAUCCAGAUUGGUACAUUGGUGAACUUCCGUGGUUAUAUUAUCAAGGAGCAGAAUAUCUUUUCCAUGUCAGUCCUACAAACUGGGAAACGUAUGAGUUUGUCUGUGGCUGGCUUCGCAGUGGAAUGGCAACAAUAAAUUCUUUUGGUGAACAAGCCUUUAUUCAGAAUAAAAUUAAGAAGCUAUCGAAUAGUGAUGUUCACUGGUGGAUUGGAUUGUACACAGAAGACCUUGGCGAUGAAUUUCGCUGGAGAGAUAAAUCACCAGUAACAUACCGGAACUGGAAUGAAGGAAAGGAGAGAAAUCCCCAGAAACCAGGGAAAAGAUGUGGCUUCAUUUCAUCAGAAACAGGACUCUGGGGUGAUGAAAACUGUACUGUCUCUCUUCCCUGUAUUUGUAAACGUAAAUUUGCAUGGAAAAUAGAGAAGGAGAUUCCAAAAGACCAGAACCAACAAGGCAUAUGUCCCAAAGGCUGGUUGCACUUUGGAUUAAAAUGCUUUUUUAUACAAAUUCCAAAGGAUCCGGAGCAUCUGAGAAACUGGUACUCUGCACAAGAAUUCUGCAGUAGCUAUGGUGGGUCACUUGCUUCCCUUCAAGAUGAGAUGGAACAAGCUUUCAUAACAAUGAAUCUAUUUGGUUGGAAAACUAGUGUUUGGAUAGGUUUCCAGAGUGAUGAUUAUGAAAAAUGGCUCAGUGAAAAUCCUCCAAUGUAUUCCAACUGGUCUCCAGUUGAAGCAGUGGAUAGACAGCGUUACAACAGUAAAAACAUUCAAGAACAACUUCCACUAUGUACAUUGGUAUCAAAUAACCCUAAUUUUUAUUUUACGGGAAAAUGGUACUUGGAAAACUGUCAGAAAAAUUAUGGGUUUGUCUGCCAAAAGACUCAGGAUAUAUCCAGACAUAUCAUCAAUGCAUCUGAAAUACACCCUGUUCCAGAUACUUUAGAAUACGGAAACAGAACAUAUAAACUAAUACAUGGGAAUUUUACAUGGUCCUCAGCUUUAAAAACCUGCAUGGAAAAUGGCAUGGAGUUGGUCAGCAUCACAGACCAGUAUCACCAAGCUUUCCUCACUGUCAUUGUCAAUCGGCUGGGGUACAGCCAUUGGAUCGGGCUGUUCACUUCAGAUAACGGGCUUAAUUUUGAAUGGUCGGAUGGGACUCGGUCUUUGUUUACUUUCUGGGAAGAUGACGAGUCACAGGCCUUUGGUAGCUGUGUUUACAUUGAUACUUCAGGGCACUGGAAAAGUGCUAACUGCGAACGACUUCUGGAAGGAGCAGUUUGCCAUGUGCCACCUAAGAAAAAGCUCACUUCCUACAAAGGCUUAUGUUCAGAAAAAACUGUUCCCUGGAUCAAAUUCAAAAACAAUUGCUACAGCUUUUCCACAGUUCUGCAGGGCACAAAUUUUGAUACUGCAUAUGAAGUGUGCAAAAAUCAAGGAUCAAAUCUCCUAACUAUUCAAGAUGAAGAUGAAAAUGCUUUCAUUCUGGAAGAAUUGCACAGUUUUGGUUAUUCUGUGCAAAUGGUUUGGUUGAACAUUCUGCUUGUUAAAGACAAUGAGACAAUCUCCUGGUCUGAUGGCUCUCCCUUGAGUUAUUCUAACUGGGGUAUCAGGGAGCCUGAAUUUGAUAAUCUCAAAGGGAAUUUUUGUAUCAGCCUGAGGACCACAGAUGGUGUCUGGCAAUUAUCUCCAUGCAAAGAAAAAAAGGGAUUUGUAUGUAAAAUGGAGGCAGAUAUCAAUGCAACAGAACCUUCUGAGGAAUCGUCGUACCAUGGGCUUGCAGCUCUGGCUGUUCUCGUGACAUUGGUGAUGCUGGCUGCCAUUUCAGUUUUUCUGUGGUGCCUGUACAAGCAGAAUAACCAACUCUUCAGCCGAAUACUGUGGUUCAGAAACACCUAUUUGCCACAGAUCAAUGCUGAUGUUCCUCCUUUGGAAGAAAGCAUCCUUAUUUCCGAUUUUGAGAGAAGUGAAAAUUAAUCAUAGAAUCAUAGAACCAUUCAGGUUGGAAAAGACCCUUGGGAUCACCAGGUCCAACCAGCAUCCCUGUUCUACAAAGUUCUCCCUGAAACCAUAUCCACCAAUUUACCAGAAGUAGCAAGUGAUCACAUCUCCCAUGUGAAACUCCAUCUACACUAUCUACAACUGUUUUCUUUUUCUUGGGAGUCCCCCAGGAUACCCAUAGCCAGAGAAACCCUGGCAGCCAUUGGUAUGUGAUCUCUCACCUAGCUUUUUUCAGAAAUUGAAUCCCAUCAACCUCUUUUAAAGACAUCUUUGGGCAAUAUCUGUUUGAAGGAAAAAAACCUGUUAUAAAUCUUGCUGAAGUUACAGUACUAAAUUGCUUUAUUGUUUACCUACAGUAUUCAUGCAAGCAGUAUUCAUGGGUGCUCUUCUGAGACCCUGCUCUCAAAAGCUGAGGAGGAAACAUGGGAGAGCCACAUUGCUGUUCCCAGUGGUGUAUAUUCCUAUAACUCCAUGUAGCAGACCCUCAGGACACUCUUCACUUUCAUUGUUCAUACUAAGGUGCUAAUGACUGAGAAAAAUUUCACUGACCAGUUGUUCUGCAGGCUGAUGGUUGUGAAGGACUCGGCUCAGGUCUCUGCACUACCUCAGUUUCAGCAGCCCAGGACAGCAAUGCCUGCUCUCCAUGGGACUCCCUCCACCCUAACCAGACCUACAGCCACAUCUCUGAAAAUAGACGGAAAGUUGAGGGGAUUUUAUUUUUUUUGCAGCAUGGAAAAAACAAGUGGUUAGUCAUGGGGAGUUACUUCAGAAUGGAUUUACUGUGCCUUCAGUUGUCUCAAAAAGCUGCUGUGAAGGGCUGCUUCUGUUGUUGGUUUUGUUGGUUUGUUUCAAGAUGACUCAACAAUGUUGCAAGAGCCCUAAGAUAUAGGCGAGUUCCUGAGAAUUGAGCAAGCAGCUAAGGCCAACUGAAAUGUUUUUACAUAGUAUUUGUGCACAUGCACAGGAAUGUAUGACUGCCUUUUAGUUAGAUUUCACAUGGCCAAUUCUAGAAAUACUGCAAUAAUUGUCUAUUCAUGUAAUAAUUAUGUACAGGGCUAUUUUUAAAAAAAUAUUCUUACAUAAAAUAGUUCUGGGCUGGUUUACAGAACUGUUAAAAAAUGUUAUCAAAGAGGCUGCAGAUGAUUUUGAUCCCAAUAUCAUCUUCAACUUACUGUUUUAGAUAACUUCUGUGGGUGUAGUUAUCACAAGUUCUUAAUCUGAGAUUUUUCUAUCAUGUAAAAUAUGAACAGCUUUUCUGUGUGCAUUUUGUCUAAUGGGUUGAUCCCAUACGUUAGUCUUCAGUAAUGUUUUUAAAGUUUGUUCUUAGUCCUAUAGAUUUAUCUAUAGGACUGUUUUUAUGUGAAUUAAACUUCUAGUUUGUGGACUGCAACUUUUGAGUACUAUUGCCAGGUCAUCUGCUGUUUAUAUGUAUGAAGUGUAAUAACUUCUUUACCACAAAAAAAAUACACCCCAAAGAAAAAAAAGUUGUGAUCAUCUCUCCCUUCCCCAUGAGAGCUUCACUUGUUUAAACUACAGUUGGAUGAACUUAAACCAGUGAAUUUCCUUCAUCACAUUCACUGACAAGUGUAAUUGCUGCCUUCUUACAGCAAGCAGAGUGGCUUGCAGGGUGGCUUUUGUUGGUGACAGUACGACAGUAAGCUAUGUUGUGUCUGAGGACGUGAAUUUGUCAGGCUAUGGUGGUGUUACCCAGUUACGCAGACUCUUGUCAGAGUUUGAUGUGGUUAAUGAGGGUGUAUAUUUUCUUUUCACAAAACUUGACAUAGACGUUUAAUCAAUUUUCCUUGAGGCAUGUUGUAAUCAUUUAAAUACAUUUGAAAGACAGUGGUAUAAUAAAUAACCCUAACCUCAAAAUAGUGAUAGUUGAUUAACAUCGACUCUGAUGUACUUGAUCUUGCACUAAGGGAAAAAUAGUUCAAGCAGUGUUUUCUUCAUACUUUGAAAUGGUUUUGAAGGGGACAGACCCAUAGAUAUUUAUUUUUAAAUCUUUAAUCAUUUAACUUUUAUAAUUGCAGGUAUUAUUCACCCAAGGAUGUAAUCAUUAAUUGCUAGCUAGUUCUUGUUCUGGAUUUUGUUACCAUGGCUUUUGUUUGUUUUCCCUUAAUCAGAGGUCUCUUACGCUGUUCCUGAUCAGAGUAUGUGGUGACUAUGUUUUUAAUGCUGGCCUUGAUGAUACUGGCAGCCAGGUUUACUGUAUUACUUCAACUGGAAAAUUAAAGUGUGAAUAACAA